AUGAGGGCCGCAGUCCUGGCCUCUCUCCUCUCGGUCUCUCUCUGGCCUCUUGCGGCUCUGGCUCACCCCAGAGGCUUGUGGUGGGGAACCGAUGAAUGCUAUUCCAGCCCUGGAAAAGCCGACAAUGAGUGUUCUAAGGAGCAGCAGACUGGUUUUGACUGGUCUGGCCUUGCUGUCGGUUCCUUCUCGGCCUAUGCUGGCUUCGACUUCUCGGGCUUCUCCCUGAAAGAUCGCUUCAACGCUUCUGCCUCUGGUAGUGGGAAAUGCAUCGUUGGUAAACUCUCAAAGGGAAGCUCCUCGGCCCCGAAGAUGUCCUACGGAAAAGCCCAGAAGGGAUUCUCUGUCAGCAACUUCCGUCUUGUUACCUCCCAGAAGGCUGAUGUCCGCAUCGUCUAUAACAUGCCUGAUGGGUCAACCUGCAAUCAUGUUACGUCCUGCUCCCCGGCCGGUACAGAUGUUACCAACUAUCAGUGCGGAGGUGCUACUUCAGUGAGCUUCGAGCUGAAUGCGGACACCGAUAUUGAUGCCAGUGACUUGGGUAUCUAUGAGGUCAAAUUCGAUUGCUCGCCUAGCGAGGACCCGUCUACAUCCAGUACCAUCUCUCUUCCCUCGUCGACUCCGGCGAGUGGCUCCUCCACGCCACUCAUCCCAGUGGUUCCGACGUCAUCUGCAGCUGCGACGACCACUGCUUCUACGACACCUGUCAACUUGACCACGUCGAUCACGUCGUCUGGCAGUGUUCCGUCUGGCAGCUCCCCCGUCGAAACUACAUCUUCAAGUCUGGUCCUUACUAGCCCUGCUCCAUCGACCUCCGUUGUUGCACCAGGGCCUAGUUCUUCGGUUCCUCCGGUUGACAAGACUACUGUCGUCACGUAUGUGACGGUUACCACCUGUCCAGUGACUUCUACCGGCUCUGCGGGCGGCUCGCUCACCACGUCGGUGGGGUCUACCGUCUCUACUGUCACGCUGACCUCGACCUCGACCAUUUGCACCAAGUGUGUUGCUCCAACCUCUGCUGUACCGAUCUCAUCUGGCCCCAUCUCCGUCCCUGAGAGAACGACAACAGUCGUCACUUGGGAGACUCUGACCACCUGCCCUGUGACCAAUGUUGUUACCUCGAGUGGUGUCCCUGUUACCUCAGUCACCAGCACAGUCUCGACUGUGACUCUGACUUCAGUGUCCACAAUCUGCCCUGGGUGUUCAGCCACUCCAACCUCUGUUGUCUCCAGUGCGCAUGGCCCAUCUGGACCGGUCUCUGUCCCUGAGAGCACAACAACUGUUGUAACUUGGGCAACCGUGACCACCUGCCCGGUGACUGCAGUCGUUACCUCCAGUGGCACCGCCAUCACCACAGUCACCAACACGGUUUCAACAAUCACACUGACUGCGACCUCCACAGUUGCCAAGACAGGCGGAGCCACUACCUCGGGUGCUACUGAGGUGUCUACCCCAGCUCCAUCUGCACCAUGCCCUAACUCGGUGCCUAAGUGUAUCAAUACCUGGUUGAACUUGCUUCCGAAGUGCAACUCUAACAGCGAUGUCAGCUGCUACUGCCCGUCGGAUGAAUUCACCAAAAAGGUCAUUUCUUGCAUCCAGGCAUGGGGAGCCUCUCAGUCAGAAGUCCAGGCUGCUCUCUCUUACUUUGCUGGUAUCUGUGCUGCCCAUAUCCCGCAAAACCCAGGCAUCGUGACCGUCAUCCCCACCACGAUCACUCUGGGCCCUGCUCCCACUGUUGCCCCCCCGGUUACAGGUACAGCCGCCCUGACAACUGCUGCACCUCCUGCGCCAUAUACCACCGUCACCUACUCCACCUGGACAGUGACCGUGCCUAAGGUUGUGUUCACCACCGCCGUCGGCAGCACUCAGACCACUGUGGGCCUCAUCCCAGGCGUACCAACCGGCACCUCAGCCAUCUCGACCAAUAUUUCCAAUCCCUGGGUCUCGUCGACACUGGCUACCACAUCAAGUCAUCCGUCUCCUUCCCGAUCCCCCAGCUCCACGCCUCCUCUGCUGUCCAACACCGGAGCAAACGACAAGGCCCCCUCAAGCUGGUGGUUGGGUAUCGCCAUGGCCGCUCUCUUGGGUGUCUACUAA